UUGUGAUUUUAAUUAAAUAAAUAAGAAAAAAUUAUUAAAAAUAUGAAGCGAACGAGAUGUCCAUGGACCGCAGCAGCAGAGGAGGUGUUUGUGGAGUUGUGGCAGCAAAAAGUGGAUGAUUUGAGGGGGCCUAGGAAAAACAGCCAUGUUUACCAAGAGAUGGCGGCUGAAAUGCAGAUGCAGGGCUAUAAUGUCAACUCCUCAUCAGUUAAAAUGAAGAUUGACAAUCUGACGGCGAAAUAUAGAAGGGCCAAGACAGCUAUGGGAACAACAGGAGGCUCUCCUGCAUCAUGGCCUUUAUAUGAGCAGGUGCACCAAAUAAUUGGUGGCUUCUCAAUAAAUAAUGUAGAGGCUCUAAUUGAAGAAAGUUUUGAAGUUUCAGCUAUCGCCGUUAUCACCAUUGCCGUCUAGUUCGUCCUCAGCAUCCGACAAAUCUGGAAGAAAAAAACAAAUGGAUCGGUUAGUGACGGUCUGCGAAAGCCUCCAGUCCAAUUUUUCGGAAGCUAUGGAUAAAUUUUCCAAAUCAAACGAAGAAUUGGUGGAACUUGAAAAAGCAAAACUGAUGGCAAUGCAGGAGCUGCAGAAAGACGCGAAAAGACUGACGGAUGG